AUGGAAGACGAAUCAAAGUUUGAAAAAAUCCUCGAAGGGAGUAAAGAGAAGGGGCUCUUUGACGGGCCGUUGACGAAGCCGGAUUGGUACGACGAUGAAAGAUUUCAAAACGGAAGGCGAUACUAUAAAAAUCACGUGGCUGCUUGCAUGUUCAGCAUGGUGAUAUCGUUACUGUCCGGAUUGACAUUCAAGAGUCUGCUAGACGUUCUUGUUUACACUGGAAAAUCGGACGAGAAAAACAAGGCUUACUGGAGAUACAAUCAUACUGGCAUUCAUGUUCGUUCGUGGAUUUACUCUGAUGUUUGGGACCCGAGCUCAGAGGGACAUAAGUCUCUGAAACAAGUCCGCCUCAUUCACAAAUCAGUGGCUCAACGAAUCACUAAAGAUCGGAAAAACGAGAAUGGCGAUCAGUGGGUCUCUCAAUCUGAUCUUGCCUUUACUCUGGUCGGUUUCGUCGGGAGCAUUACAAUCGCCCCCGAAGGUUUCGGUGUUGAAGAAUCAAAAGAUCUCCACGAUUACUUGUAUUUCUGGCGCGUGAUGGGUCACUUGCAUGGAUUGAAGGACGAGUACAAUCCGUUCUCUGGGUCUGUUCUUGGGGCGAAAAGAACCGUCUAUGAUAUGGCAAAAUAUUGCUUGCUCCCUUCACUUAUAAAGCCGCCAAAGGAAUUCGAGCCCAUGGCAAGAGCAGUUUCAGACAACUACGGCCUCCUGUAUCCUUUUAUCCGAUACGCAGUCGAUCUUGCCAUGGACUUCAACGGAUGCCACGGUGAAGCAGUUGACGAAUCUUACCGGGAGAUACUUGCAAAAGUUUACCCUCUUGAUUCUAAAGCAGGCAAACGUCAGAUAGCAAUCAUGAAGUGGACUUAUCAAACGGCGUAUAGAUAUACAAUAGUGCGCUGGAUACUGAAUCUCAAUGCAAACUUUUACCUUGAGCUGUUAAAAUUCCGAGUGAGAUUUGCGACCUGGCUGAGAGAUAGAACUGGAUGGAAAAGUCUUCUUGCCAUGUGA